AUGGUCCAUCUAAACAAAGCUAUCUGUAAAGAUCUUAUUAGCAGUGGGGACCAUAAAACUGAAGAGUCUGACGUGGCAUGGGAUGGACAGGAUCAGAGCCUCCUGGCUGGUCCCGAGGCGGAGCCGCCGCCGCUGCCUCUGGAGCCGGGCAGGGCAGGGACGAGCGGCGCGCUCCCGAGCGGGGAGAGAGCGGGAAGAGAGUGGGGAGAGAGCGGGGAGAGAGCGGAGAGAGAGCGGAGAGAGAACGAGGAGAGAGAGCGGGGAGAGAGCGGGGAGAGAGCGGGGAGAGAGAGGAGAGAGAGCGGGGAGAGAGCGGAGAGAGAGCGGAGAGAGAACGAGGAGAGAGAGCGGGGAGAGAGCGGGGAGAGAGAGGAGAGAGAGCGGGGAGAGAAUGGGAAGAGAGCGAAGAGAGAGCGGAGAGAGAGCGGAGAGAGAGCGAGGAGAGAACGGGAAGAGAGAGGAGAGAGAGCGGAGAGAGAGCGGAGAGAGAGCGGGGAGAGAGCGGAGAGAGAGCGGGGAGAGAGCGGAGAGAGCGGAGAGAGCGAAGAGAGAGCGGAGAGAGAGCGGGGAGAGAGCGGGGAGAGAGCGGAGAGAGCGGAGAGAGCGGGGAGAGAGCGGAGAGAGAGCGGGGAGAGAGCGGAGAGAGAGCGGAGAGAGAGCGGGGAGAGAGCGGAGAGAGCGGGGAGAGAGCGGAGAGAGAGCGGAGAGAGCGGAGAGAGCGGGGAGAGAGCGGAGAGAGAGCGGAGAGAGCGGAGAGAGCGGGGAGAGAGCGGAGAGAGAGCGGGGAGAGAGCGGGGAGAGAGCGGAGAGAGAGCGGGGAGAGCGGAGAGAGAGCGGAGAGAGCGGGGAGAGAGCGGGGAGAGAGCGGGGAGAGAGCGGAGAGAGCGGGGAGAGAGCGGAGAGAGCGGAGAGAGCGGGGAGAGAGCGGAGAGAGCGGAGAGAGAGCGGGGAGAGAGCGGGGAGAGAGCGGAGAGAGCGGAGAGAGCGGGGAGAGAGCGGAGAGAGCGGAGAGAGAGCGGGGAGAGAGCGGGGAGAGAGCGGAGAGAGCGGGGAGAGCGGGGAGAGAGCGGAGAGAGCGGAGAGAGCGGGGAGAGAGCGGAGAGAGCGGGGAGAGCGGGGAGAGCGGGCAGUGCCCGCAGCCGCCCCCGCCGAGCUGCCCCGGCAGCACGCCGCACUCAGAGACCGCGACGUGAAGUGUUUUAUGAGUCGGGCACUGCAAAAAUUUGUAUAUAUCCUGAAACACCAUUUUCGGAAUGUGGGGGAGGUUCUACAAAGGCCUGGCAGAGCGGCCAUGAAAGGAGCGCGGCCCUGAGCGAGACCCGUGAGGGCCCGCAGGCCCGGCGCCCCCGGGAGCGCUGCCCGGGCCCCGAGGGCGCGGCCGCGGCGGGACCGGGCCUCGGAGGGGCCUCGGGGGGCCUCGGAGGGGCCGCGCUCCCUCGGGCUCCCGGGUGA